ACCGGUGUGCUUGUACCAUUUCCUACCUGUAUCAGUACGACUAAGACUUUGGACAUGAUAAUUAAGCGUACCGUUGCUUAAAAUGUGCAGUAUGGUGGACAAGAGUAUAUACAUUGUUCAGGGGGAGAUUUCAACAGUUGUUGGUGUCAUUAAGAGAAACUCUAGAUGGAAUCCCCACACUCCCCUGGAUGAAGAACAAGACCCACUACUAAAUAGCUUUAGCCAUUUGAAGGAGAUUCUCAACAACAUUAAAGACUUGUCUGAUGUGGAACCCAACGUGUUUCUCAGGCCGUUCCUGGAAGUUAUCCGUUCUGAAGACACGACUGGACCAAUCACAGGCCUUGCUCUUACCUCAGUCAACAAGUUCCUGUCUUAUGGCCUUAUAGACUCUAACCAUGAAGGGGCAGCUGAAAGCAUUGAGAACAUGGCCGACGCUGUCACUCACGCUCGGUUCGUGGGCACUGAUCCCGCCAGCGAUGAAGUGGUGCUGAUGAAAAUCCUCCAGGUCCUGAGGACUUUGCUGCUGACGCCUGUGGGGGCCCACCUGACCAACGAGUCUGUGUGUGAGAUCAUGCAGUCCUGUUUCCGCAUCUGCUUCGAAAUGAGGCUUAGUGAGCUGCUGAGGAAGUCGGCCGAACACACGCUGGUGGACAUGGUGCAGCUGCUCUUCUCCAGACUACCCCAGUUUAAAGAGGAAGCCAAGAGUUUUGUGGGCACCAACAUGAAGAAGUUGAAGAUGCGUGCCGGAGGUAUGAGCGAGUCCUCAAAGUGGAAGAAACAGAAGCGUUCCCCUCGCCCCCCGCGUCACAUGGUGCGCAGCCCCUCCGGGCAGCUCGAAACCCCCCAGCCCACUACACUAAGCAACAACCUCUCAGGUGGAGUGCCAUUUAUAGAACAGCAGAGUGGAGGUUCAGCAGGACUUCCUGUGUCAGACAGCGCUGCCUCUUCCAUAUCCAGUCCAACCACAGACAGUGGACUCGACACCUACUCCAAGACCACUUCCAAAGAGGACCUCACAGACCUGGAACAGAGCAGCUCCACUGCAACCACCCCUGCCACGACGCCAUCCAGUGAACAAACCAGACCGGACUCACAAUGUGAAGGCAGACAGGUGGAGCGCGCUCAGUCGGCCUCGGUGGAGUCCAUUCCCGAGGUGCUGGAAGACAGGGAUUCGCUGACUGAGCAGUCGGACACGGCGUCAGUCCAUGACAUGGAUUAUGUCAAUCCCAGAGGAGUACGAUUCACUCAGUCUACCCAGAAAGAGGGUGCGACGUUGAUCCCGUACGGGCUUCCGUGUCUGAGAGAGCUCUUCCGCUUCCUCAUCUCUCUAACCAACCCUCACGACCGCCACAACUCCGACGUGAUGAUGCACAUGGGCCUGCAGCUGCUCAACGUGGCCCUGGAGUCCGCUCACAUCGCCCCCUAUCAGUCACUGCUGAGCCUGGUCAAAGACGAACUCUGCAGACACCUCUUCCAGUUGUUAAGUAUGGAAAGAAUGAAUCUCUACGCUGCGUCCAUACGAGUCUGCUUCUUGCUUUUUGAGAGCAUGCGUGAACAUCUGAAGUUCCAGCUGGAGAUGUACCUAAAGAAGCUGAUGGACAUCAUUACCUCAGAGAAUCCCAAGAUGCCCUAUGAGAUGAAGGAGAUGGCACUGGAAGCCAUAGUACAACUCUGGAGAAUCCCCAGCUUUGUCACAGAGCUGUACAUCAACUAUGACUGUGACUUCUACUGCUCCAACCUGUUUGAAGACCUCACCAAGCUGCUUUCCAAGAAUGCCUUCCCAGUGUCUGGGCAGCUCUAUACAACCCAUCUGCUUUCACUUGAAGCCCUGUUGACCGUGAUUGACAGCACCGAGAGCCAUUGUCAGGCCAAAAUGUUGAACAGUGCUGCUCAGCAGGACCAAUCAGAAGCGCUUAAGGAGCAGGGGCAGAAUUCGGCCAACGCCGUCACAGAAGCAACCACGGACACCAACAGACUUGCACCAAGUUCUAAUGGGCAGAGUGCCCCAGCGUCUGAGGUGGCACUUGUGUGCCCGCCGACCAGUGGGCAUCUGAUGGCAGACAAGAUGAGACUGGGCAGACAGGACCAAGAGGAAACAGACUCAGUUUCAGCUGAGAAGAAAUCGCCAAAAAAGCCCCAUCGAUUCUCUUGCUGUUUGCCCGACUCUCAGGAACUGAUGGACAUCAAGAACAAGAAGAAGCUUUUGAUCACAGGAACAGAGCAGUUUAAUCAGAAAUCGAAGAAAGGCAUCCAGUUCCUGCAGGAGAAAGGUCUCCUCAGCAGCCCCAUGGACAAUAACGAGGUGGCCCAGUGGCUCCGCGAGAACCCGCGCCUCGACAAGAAGAUGAUCGGCGAGUUCAUCAGCGACCGCAAGAACAUGGAACUACUCGACAGCUUUGUCAACACGUUCACCUUCCAAGGGCUGCGCAUAGACGAGGCAUUACGUUUGUAUUUGGAAGCAUUCCGUCUCCCUGGUGAAGCUCCAGUCAUUCAGCGGCUUUUGGAAACCUUCACUGACAACUGGCAUAAAGUGAACGGUUCUCCCUUCAUGACAAACGACGCUGGUUUUGCUUUGGCCUACGCUGUCAUCUUGUUGAACACCGAUCAGCACAAUCACAACGUACGCAAACAGAAUGUGCCCAUGACUGUGGAGCAAUUCAAGAAGAACCUGAAAGGCGUAAAUGGAUCGAAAGACUUUGAUCAGGACAUGUUGGAAGACAUUUACAACGCAAUCAAGAAUGAGGAAAUUGUGAUGCCUGACGAACAGACCGGGCUAGUGAAGGAGAACUACGUGUGGAGUGUGCUCCUGCACAGAGGAGCCUCCUCAGAGGGGAUGUUCCUCCACGUGCCUCCGGGAAGCUACGACCACGACCUGUUCGCCAUGACCUGGGGACCCACCAUCGCCGCCCUCUCCUACGUCUUCGACAAGAGCCUGGACGACACGAUCAUUCAGAAGGCCAUCACGGGCUUCCGGAAAUGUGCCAUGAUAUCAGCGCACUACGGCUUCAGCGAUGUGUUUGAUAACUUAAUCAUCUCACUCUGCAAGUUUACAACCCUCAGCAGUGAGUCCGUGGAGAACCUGCCCACGGUGUUCGGCAGUAACGGAAAGGCUCAAAUAGCGGCGAAGACGGUCUUUAAGCUAGCUCAUCGCCACGGCGACAUUCUGCGUGAGGGCUGGAAGAACAUCAUGGACUCUAUGCUGCAGCUUUUCAGAGCUGAGCUUUUACCCAAGGCCAUGGUGGAGGUGGAGGAUUUCGUGGAGCCCAGUGGAAAGAUCUCACUUCAGCGUGAGGAGACGCCUUCAAAUCGGGGAGAGUCUGCAGUGUUGAGUUUUGUGAACUGGUUGACGUUGAGCGGAGUGGAACAGUCUGGACUGAGAGGCCCUUCCACAGAGAAUCAGGAGGCUAAACAAGCUGCCCUGCUCUGUAUUAAGCAAUGUGAUCCGGAGAAACUGAUAACGGAGAGUAAAUUCCUGCAGCUGGAGUCCCUGCAGGAGCUUCUGAAGGCUCUGAUCUCAGUGACGCCUGAUGAGGAAACGUACGACGAGGAGGAUGCUGCUUUCUGUCUGGAGAUGCUGCUGCGGAUUGUUCUAGAAAACAGAGACCGGGUGUCGUGUGUGUGGCAGACGGUGCGGGAGCACCUGUACCAUCUCUGCGUACUGGCCAAUGAGAGCUGCUUCCUCGUGGAGAGAGCUGUCGUUGGCUUGCUGAGACUGGCCAUUAGACUGCUGCGUAGAGAAGACAUCAGCUCACAGGUGCUCCUGUCUCUGAGGUUACUGCUGAUGAUGAAACCUCACGUGUUGUCCAGGGUCAGUCGCGAGGUUGCAUACGGCUUACACGAGCUGCUCAAGACGAACGCCGCUAACAUCCACAGCUCGGACGACUGGUACACGCUCUUCUCCCUGCUGGAGUGCAUCGGGGCUGGGGUGAAACCUCCGGCCGCCCUGCAGGUCACCACCGUUAACCCCGACAACGACACAGGUGCUCAGUCAGACAGUGAGUUGACUUCCUACCACACAAGCGAAAUCACCCCGGACCGCGGCUACACCUCCGAUUCAGAAGUCUACACCGAACACGGCAAAUCCCGAAUUCCCCGCUCCGUCACAGACGUAGACGUCGCCAGCAGUGGCUGGUUGGUGGUUGGUAAAGAUGACCUCGAGGCCAGCAAGACAGCAGCCGCUCCUCCGGGCUCCAAGCCCCAGACGCCUCCCCUGGUAAACCAGUACAGCCUCACCCUAGGCCUGGACAUGGGCCUACACGACACCAAAUCCCUCAUCAAGAGCGUGGAGUCGCUCUCCUUCAUCGUCCGCGAUGCCGCUCACGUCACUCCGGAGAACUUUGAGCUGUGUGUCAGAACCAUCCGCGUCUUUGUGGAGGCCAGCCUUAACGGAGGUUACCGCACCCACGAAAAGAAAAGGAGCCAUAAGCCCGACUCGAAGUCUGCCCGACCACGGAGGAAGACUCGCGAGAAGGAGAGCUCGUCACGGAGGCCCAAGGCUUCCAGCCAGCGUCUGUCCCGUUCUCAUAGCGAUGAUGAGGAGGACGAGGGUGUGCCAGCCAGCUACCACACGGUGUCAUUACAGGUUAGUCAGGACUUGUUAGAUCUGAUGCACACGCUGCAUACCAGAGCAGCCAGCAUUUACAGCUCCUGGGCAGAGGAACAACGCCACCUGGAGGCCGCUGGGAGAAAGAUAGAGGCAGAUUCCCAAACACUGUGGUCCAGCUGCUGGUGUCCGCUGCUGCAAGGUAUGGCAUGCCUGUGCUGUGAUGCGCGGAGACAGGUGCGCAUGCAGGCCCUCACCUACCUGCAGAGGGCGCUGCUGGUACACGAUCUGCAGACGCUCGAGGCUGUGGAGUGGGAGAGCUGCUUCAACAAGGUCCUGUUUCCGCUGCUCACAAAGCUCCUGGAGAACAUCAGCCCAGCCGACGUGGGGGGGAUGGAGGAGACGAGGAUGAGGGCAUGCACACUGCUCUCUAAGGUAUUCCUCCAGCAUCUGUCUCCCCUGCUGUCUCUGCCAACGUUUGCUGCUCUGUGGCUCACCAUCCUGGACUUUAUGGAUAAAUAUAUGCACGCUGGCUCCAGCGACCUGCUGUUGGAGGCGAUUCCCGAGUCUCUGAAAAACAUGCUGCUGGUGAUGGACACGGCGGGGAUCUUCCACAGCGCCGACUCCCGCACCGGCUACUCAGACCUGUGGGAGAUCACAUGGGAGAGAAUCGACUGUUUCCUGCCCCGUCUCAGAGAGGAGCUCUUCAAACAGACCGUCAUACCAGACCCUGUUCCUAGCGCUCCAGUAGAACCUGCUCAGCCCCCUCCUGCUGUUCCCCUGACGUCUCCCCCUGUGCCAGCCCCUGCCGCGGUGCCUCCUGCCCCUGUGGAGCCAAAGACACCCAGCAGGCCUGCAUCACCCCAGGAACUGCCGAAACGUAGUGCCAAUGGAACGGAUAGAUCAUCGCCUGUACCGCCCUCCACCCCUCCCAUGGCCCCUCCGGCAAAAAUGAGUCCCACCGAGUCUCCGCCCCCUCUGAAUCAGCCCCCCCUCAUUCUGCAGCCCCUAGCCUCUCCGCUGCAGGUGGGCGUGCCGCCCAUGUCUCUGCCAAUCAUCUUAAACCCCGCCCUCAUCGAGGCCACCUCGCCCGUGCCCCUGCUUCCCACCGCGCGACCCACCGACCCCGCCGACACCUCUGAGGUCAAGUAGGGCGCUGUGGUCCGAGGAGAGACUGGAGAGGCGGACGACCUGCUUUUGUUCUCUUCAGCGCUAUCGCUUUCAUCUUCUGGGCAAGACCUGACAUCACAGUCGGAGAAACUCACAACACCAGGACGCUGAGAGAAAGAGAGAGAGAGAGAGAGAGAAUUAGACUAUGAGACAGGAAUGGACAUGCAAGGUCACCUUCCUUGAACUGUUAACACCAUCAGAGACUGGAAAGCAAACAAUACCCACAUAUCUGGAACAGAAUUUCUCAUGGGCCCUCUGACUUUCAUUGUUCGAGUUUGUAUAGGUUACGGAUAUGUUGUCUGUUAACAGAUAUUUAUUCAAAUUAGUACUGUGCGGCUGGAUUAUGAAGGACGGCUCUCACACCACAUGACCAGACUGGCAAUGACUUGUACAAUUUAGAUUCUCUUCUCGACAGUACAUAAUUCGCUAAUUUAUUGGUAAGCCAGUGCUUUACAGUAUGCCAGAGCUUUUUACAGGGACAUCAAGCAUAGACAAUAACUUAUUUGGUUAGGGGUACUGCAUGUUGUGUACUGAAUAGGGUGUACAGUUCUAACUCUAUACCAGUCUAAAGUACCAGGAACGCACUGUUUCAUGAAAAUAAAAAAAAAGAAACUAUGCUAACAUUUUUUUUUCUCUCCAUCACAUGGUGGCAAUUUAAAAUGUAGAAUAAGAUAAUAACAUAAUUUAUAUAUUUUGAACAGAAAGAUUUCGAGGCUUUUAAAUAGAAUUAUAUGAUGAUUAGCUCUGAUGUGUCCAAAGAAAACCCAACAACUAAAAAUGUACAGAGAAUCAUACAGACUUGCAUUCUCAGUAAGGUUUACUUUAUGAAGAUUUUGAGAAAACAGGUCACAAAGCUGUUCUCUAUAAAACCAGUUUGCUCUGGACUGUCGUGCUAUGACGUGAGUGACUUUGGUCAAAGCCCAGAGUCAAAUGCCCAAAGCAGACAAUAUCAACAAUGACCACGCCCACUUCUAGAACAUUCCAGACUUGUCCGAAUGCUGUCUAGGGUGGUUUGAAUGGCUGAGUUUCGUAUCAGCAGAAUUCCACAUGUCGAUUUUUAGCUAGAGUGAUUGGGUUUUAAUCCUAAAAGGUCUUAAAGGCAUUAUGUAAACAGUGCAGUAUUGAGGUAAUUUUGUGUUUCGGGUCGUUUAUCUCUUAAUGGUGUAAGUCGGUUCAGCAUCUUGGAUUUAAAUGUCACUUUGACAAAAGGAGGAUCAUCAUUGCAUUAGGCCUAAGCAAAUGAAUCAUCGAACAGUCUGACUAGUUUGACUCGAUUCUCUGUUCAAAAUAAAUUCAUCUCAGGUUCCUGCUGAAUUGGACAUAUUUUAAAUUAAUUUGGGCUUGAUGCUACAACAAGGAAAAAAAAAAAAUACCGUUAACACCUUAAACAGAACGAGAGCGAGGCAGGUCCGAGCCUGUCGCAAAUUUGGGUCAUAUUUCUCUAAUCUCCUUGACAUCAGCCCGUUGAAAUGACAAGACGGACAUUUGCAAACAGUCUCGCACGCCCUUGAGAACGUCUUCUCGGAGCUCGUUUCAAGGUCACGACGGUUACUUCCAACUUAAGUGUCGUUGUCCGGCGCAGAGUGGACAGCGUGCGCUCAGCUUGGGGUCGCCGAGGGCCACGGCCUAAACGAACGAACUCCAGAUUUAUUCAGGACAGUUGUUGUAUUACUCAACUCCAUCGCCGCUGCCUUGUACCUGAGAAACCGUUAUCAUACGACACUACUGUCUGAGGUGGCAGUCUUCUGUAGCCGAGGGAUGGGCGUUCCUUUUUUCUCUUUCGUAAACUGUACGUGCACUGUAUGCGUACUGCAUCCUUAGAAACAUCAGGAACUAAUUCUGUAGUAAGCAGGAAAAUUAUAUGGAAAUAAUGUGUAUAUAUAUAUAUGAAUAAAAGGCAAUGUACUUUUUACAGUGUAAU